ACCGGGAGUAUCAUUAAAGGAAACAAGGCAGUUAAGAGCUUCUGCAUGAAAUUAAAGAAGUUAAACAUUAAUUCUCUGAGAGUAGACACAGUUCCCUCACCCUUAUGCUUAACCAUUCUGUCUUUGUUGAGGACCCGAGCAGACACUCACCCACUUUUACAAGGUAUGAUUUCUAAAAUUCAUUUGAAAUACUAAGGAUAUAUUUGCAAUAAUAGAUCUACACUAGACAUGCAGGUCUUAUCAGUUCAGCAAUUAACUCAUUUUAUAGGCUUAUAGGCCUUAAGUUUUUGCCACUGUUAAUGCAUAAACUGGCAUACCUGACUUCCAAUUCAGACAUAAUUGGAAAUGAAUUCCUCUUGUGCCAUAAUUAAACAGACUGGAAAUUAGACCUUUAGUUACAAUGAGCAUGUCUGGAAAUCGCCUAUUCAUUCCAAAAUUUAAAGUAAUUAUCUCAACAGAUCCUAACAGCUAUGGGCAUAUAAAACUUGAUUUCCAUUAUCUGAUAAAUGUUUCUUAAAAUAUAAAAUGUUUCCUGCCAGCUUUUAGUCUGUAAUACUCUGCACACUGUAAACUCCACAUUGUAAAUGAGGCUGGUGUUACUUUUAGCACUUAAACCGAAGUUCUGUCUUAGGCAUGUUAGCCAUCUCAGUGUUUACGAAUGUUAUUCUGAUUGGUGAAUCAAAUGAAUUAAAUAGAUUGAUGUUAGUGAGUCUAAAUUCCCAUCACAGGUUUUGACUUGAAAAUGCACACAAAUUAAAAUAAUCUUGCAGUAGAAUAAAAUCCUGCAGAAUGAUGGAAUAUGACUGUUUUGUGUAGCAGACUAUAGGCAACAGUGUGUUCAAUGAAUGAGAUGUCUUCAGGGAUCAAAACACUGAAUCUGGUGCUUUGUCUGUCUAUUUUAUAUGGAGAAGCAGCACACCUUAGGAUUGGUGUUCCAGAAAACUAUGAUGGUAUUUUCCCUUGGUACCUCACCAAGCUGCCUGAUCUACCGCUAACCUAUGCUGAUCUGAUGGUGAGUGGUGACGAUGAGGGGAUUUUUGGAGUAGAGUCAGGCUUCUUGUAUGCCCUAAAACCACUGGACCGGGAGAAGAAGCCAUCAUACUCCCUGCAAGUGUCCUUCACGGCAUCCAUGCACCCGCAGAGCUUUAGUGUAGAGGUGUGCGUCAUUGACAAGAAUGACAACGUGCCCAUGUUCCUGCAAGAGAGCAUGCGAGGCACUGUUCAACUGGGCCUAUUGAAAGGUAUCCCAUUCAUGCAAGUGGGGGCUUUAGACCGUGACGACCGAAACACACCCCAUGCUGAUCUGCGUUUUCGCCUCCUAGACCAGAUGCCUCGAAUCCCGGCCAGUCACAUGUUCCACAUAGAUGCCACUAGUGGGGAGGUGUCUCUCACAGAGGAUGGUGCUUCUGCUCUGGACCCUGAAAUGUGUGGUCGCUAUAAACUUUCAGUGAUGGUCCAGGACAUGGGUGGGAAGGCCAAUGCUUUCUUCUCCACUGGCACUGUGCUGGUGGAGGUGACAGGGAACACGUGGGCUUCACCCGACCCAGUCAGAUUGCAGGAGAACCUACCAGGCCCAUACCCUAUCCCCAUCUCUCAGGUGAAAUGGAGUGGGAGUUUGGUAGAGUACAGCCUUGAGGGAGAGUUUCCAGAGAUGCUUUUCACCAUCAGUAGAGAAGGAGUCAUCUAUCUGAAUGCCCCUCUAGACCGAGAAACCCAAGAUCAGUUCCUGAUCAGCAUAGUAGCAGAGAGGCCAGAUGGCAGAAAGAUCGCAAAGCCAGUAGAGCUGAGGGUCAUGGUGGGAGAUGCCAAUGACAACAGACCGACCUUCCCACAGAUGCAGUACCACACUGUUGUCAAGGAACUCGCACAGAAAGGAACUGAAAUUCUCACAGUCCAGGCGGCUGAUAACGACGACCCCAAAACGGAUAACGUGCGGAUUUUUUACAGAUUGGCAGGGCAGGUACCGGAAAGCCCGCGCCAACUUUUCCGCGUGGACAGAGAUUCCGGGGUGAUCACAGUGCAGGCUGACAAUAUGGAGGGCACGGCACCACAAUACACACUCACAAUCAUCGCUGAGGAUGCUAAAGGGCUGAACAGCUCCUGCACUGUGAUAGUUAAAGUUCUGGAUGAGAACAACAACCCACCUGUCUUCUCUCAGCAUGAGUAUGGCCCAUUUCACUUGGCAGAGGAUGCCCCAGUAGGUACCACUGUGACAGCGGUGGCAGCGUGGGAUGCUGAUGAAUGGGGUGGGGACAGCUGGCUGGUCGACUAUCGACUAGAGUCUGGGAACGAGGAUGAGGUCUUCGCUUUGGUGACGGACAGACAGACUAAUGAGGUCUCUCUUGUCCUCUCUAAGGUGCUGGAUUUUGAGCGAGAGAGUGAGUACAUUCUGGUGCUGAGUGCACAGAACCCUGUGGCUCUGGUGAGGGGGAGGUAUGGUCCUGCAUCCACCGCUACUGUCUCCAUCUUCAUUGAUGACAUCAAUGAGGGCCCUGUUCUGUCACAGAGUCAUUACGAGGUCACUGUCAGAGAGGGCGAGGAGCCAGGACGGGUCAUAGCUACAAUUAGGGCUUAUGACCCCGACUCCCAUCCAAUCAGGUACUCACUGAGAGGGGACACAAAGAAAUAUUUCUCAAUUGGGAAGUACUCAGGAGAGCUAAAGACAGUGCAGGCUUUGGACAGAGAGGAGAACAGUACCUACACCAUGGAGGUGGUGGCUGAGGAUGGACGUAACUCAUCUCUGUCCGCCUCCACGCUUGUGACGGUGCAUAUUCUGGAUGUGAAUGAUAACAGCCCCGUUCUGGUGGGUGAUUACUCCUGGAAGUACCUUUGCACUCCACGCUGGGAAGAACAGGCCCUGGUCCUGGCGUCUCGGGAUAGUGAUGGACCGCAGCAUGGUGGCCGCCUCAAUUUCUCACUCAGCAGCGAUCCCACAGUGCGACGCAACUGGAAACUCACACCCAUCAACGACACUCAUACCAACCUGUCUCUGAAUAUCGACUAUCUGACCCCUGAUGUUUAUACAGUGCCCUUCACCAUCUCAGAUAGCAGCUCUCCUCCCAGAAGCACCUUCAUUAACUUGCCUGUAACUGUGUGCACAUGUAAUGUGAGAGGGAAUUGCCGCACCGCAGCGAAGCAACUUGCAGGGAUGCCCACUAUCCAGUCCACAUUGGGAGUCUUGCUCGGAACUCUGGGAGUUAUAGGGAUCAUACUGAUAGUCAUUUUUGUGAGAUUGUCCUACCAGAAACCUCCACCGACUGGAAAAGCCAAUCAGGAGACAAUGCCUCUCCGUGUCUCACUGUAACUCAUCAGUCAAUUGGAUCCGUUGUUCAGCAUACACUAAUUACACAAAGGCAGCAAUAAGUGUUUCCUCACUAUCAUGCUUUGGUAGACUUUAUAGGUCACAUUUUUUCUUAAUCUUAAUCCUCAUCUUGAAGUACCCUUGCACUGUACAUUUCAUUGGCAUCUUGUACUAAAACCACAUAUUUAACCUUAUGAAGGGUUAAUUAAUGAGCUAAUGAAAAACGUAUAGUGUAGGGUGACCAAAGGUGCAGGACUGUGAAUUACUUCUAUGGACUAUAGGUUGCCUACUGGGACUGUAGACUAGACAGUGCUUAUUGUUAUUUAUAUAUAGUUACAGUCUUCCUACAUUUAGGAUUAGCAGGAUUAUCUAUUGUUUACUUAAUCUGAGCCUGUGCGGUAACUUCACCCUUUUACAAUUGUAUUUAUCUUUUCUAUUUACUUUUAUACUUCAUCUUGAUAAAAAAAAACACUUUAUAUUUAAAUGGAUAAUCACACAUUUAAUUAAUUUACACCUUUCACUG